AUGGUGCUUCAAGAUCUCGGUGAAAAGAUCCUUGCUGGUCUUAGCAACCUUGGCAAGGCAAGCAAGGUUGAUGAUGAAUUCGUCAAACAAUAUGCAAAGGAUAUGACAAACGCAUUGAAAGCAGCUGAUGUUUCUGGUCCAAUUGUUCUUCAGUUUUUCAAGCAGCUCAUAUCAAUCAAAGUAUCAGACCUUCCACCCGGUGUUUCAAUCAAAAAGCAUAUCGAGCGUGAGACACUCAGAUUACUUGUAGAUUUAGUUGAUCCUAAAGUUGAUGCCUACAAACCAACAAAAGGAAAGCCAAACGUUUAUAUGUUCGUUGGUCUUCAAGGCUCCGGUAAAACCACAACAUGUACAAAGCUCGGUCUCUAUUACAAGAAGCGUGGUUUCAAAGUCGGACUUGUUGGUGCAGAUACGUUCAGAGCUGGUGCCCGUGAGCAGCUUAUGCAAAAUGCUCAGAGCGUUGGCCUUCCAUACUACGUAGAUCUUGUAAAUAUCGAUCCAAUCAGCGUUGCCAUCUCUGGCGUCGAAAAAUUCAAGCGUGAGCGUUACGAUAUGAUUAUUGUCGAUACUUCUGGUAAGCAUGCCCAAGAAAAUGCUCUUUUCCAGGAAAUGCAAGAAAUGCAAGACGCUAUCAACCCAGAUGAAAUUAUUUUCGUCCUCGAUGCCAACAUUGGUCAAUCGGCAUUUGACCAAGCAACAGCUUUCUCAAAGGCAGUUGAUAUUGGCUCAAUUAUCAUGACAAAGCUCGAUUCCGGUACAAAGGGCGGUGGUGCCAUCUCUGCAGUUGCUGCUACUAAGUGUCCAAUCGCUUUCUACGGUACAGGAGAAGAAAUGGAUCAACUUGAAAUUUUUGAUCCGAAUUCCUUCAUCGCCAACAUCCUUGGCUAUGCAGAUCCGAAGGCUUUGAUGCAUAAGCUCGAAGUUGUUGACAUGGAUAAGCAAGCAGAGCUCGCCCAGAGAAUUAUGAAAGGCCAAUACGGUUUCCGCGAAAUGUACGAGCAAUAUAAGACCAUCCUCGAUAUGGGUGAUAUUACAGGCAUUAUUAAUGCCGUUGGUAUGAAGUCCUUGCUUCCAAAAGGCUUUAGUAAUGAUGAUAUGACGUCAACACUUAAGAAAUACUUAGUUAUUAUUGAUUCAAUGAGCGACAAAGAGAUGGAUGACCCAUCUUUGUUCAAAGAGAAAAACAGAAUCGUUAGAAUUAGUCGCGGAACAGGUAUGAAGACAGAAAUGAUAGAAAUGGUCAUCAAGGAGCAAAAGAACUUCGCACAGGCAUUCAAAGCUUUCAGUAAGAACAAGAUGUUCUCGAAUAUGUUACAAAAUUCUGGAAAGAUGAGCCAAAACGAGAUGAUGCAGGCUGCUCAACAAAUGGCUAAGAACAUCAACCCAGGACUUGCCAAACAAUUAAAGAGUGGCAACUUUGGCAACUUAUUGAAAGGAUUGAAGUUCUAA